AAGGUUAUUCACUGGACUUGAACUGCUUAAAUUUCAGUAAAAACUGGGGCGAUCAUCCCGUGAAAGAAUGAAGGAUCCUUAUAAGGGAGGUCAGAACACCCUCACCUGUUUGCCCACAUAUUAAAUUAUGAAGCAUCUUAUUCAUUAUGAAGAAUAUUUUUAUAUUGACAAAAAUGUACAUAAGUAACUGUAUAUGUAAAAUUACCAUAUAGCACAUAGGAUCAUCAAGUACUAUAGCUGAUUUAUGUUUCAUACUAGUUCUAAAAUUGCAGCUAACACUGUGAGCUACAUCAGCUACAUCAGUUCCCUGUUUGGUGUUUACACAGUCUGACCCAGGGAGGGUGCGCACCAGCUCCCCAACCAUGUGUACUAAUCUCAGGAAGGGGAUGUGUGUAUGUUUCCUACCAACAAUACUCUUCACAGUAAGGCCAUUGUUAAAUCUGGAUGGGAAACUGAGCACAGGAGCAGGACAGACCUUGAAAGUCCACGGGAAGCAUGAAGAAAAGACUUCUGUCAAGUCGAAUGAGAGGCUAACCGUCAGUGUUUUUAAGAAUGUAUUUUGGGUUUCUAUGACGAGGAGGGACCCACGAUUAGUUCUCUGUAGAUCCUGCAUGUAGGCUGCUGCCGGCACUGCAAUAAGCUUCACUGAGAAGGUCACUGAUUACAUCUUCUCAGGAAUGUCACGAAAGUCUUGGAUUGAGGAAACCUUCUUCAGGAGAGAGUGCGUGAAGUUUAUCCCCUCCUCUCGUGACCUACACAGAUGUAUUCCAGUAUGUCAAGUAUGCCAAAAUUUGAUCAGAUGUUGUUGUGGCCGCCUGAUGGGGGAGCACUCUUGGGAAGAGUCGUCUCCUCCCAUAUCCCUCUGUCCUGGUCCAGGUCAGGAUGUGGCAGAGGACUGGUCCAUAGAGCUCCAUACCAAAGCAAGUCCCACCAAUGCCUAUGGAAUUAUAGACUUUGAAGACACUGCCACACGCGUCUGUCGGGCCAAGUAUGUUCGUGUGGCUGUGGACUCAAAGGCAGAGGCGCUGCUCCAACUGAUGCUGAGGGAGUGGCAGAUGGAGAGACCCAAGCUGCUGCUGACCAUCCAGGGAGGCUCAGAAAACUUCACCCUGCCUCCUAAAGUCAAGCAGGCCUUCAGCAAAGGGCUGAUCACUGCUGCCCUCAGCACAGGGGCAUGGAUACUCACUGAUGGCAUUAAUACAGGUGUGUCUAAGUAUGUAGGCGAGGCAGUGAAAAUAUUUGGGGGCCAUGACCUAAGGAAGAGAAACACAGUCGGCAUCACACCAUGGGGUGUGAUCGAUAACAACAUGGAACUUAUAGGCAGAGAUGUGUUCAGGCCCUACCAGCCACUGGGGAACCCUUUGAGCAAGAGGGUCUGUCUCAAUGGUUUCCACUCCCACUUUCUGUUGGUGGAUGAUGGAACACUGGGAAAACAUGGCUGCCAGCAAGGCUUCAGGAAGAAGCUGGAGAAACACAUCCAACUACAGAAGAUACACCCUCGACUGAACCAAGGAGUGCCUGUCGUGUGUGUGGUGGUGGAGGGAGGCCCUGCUAUUGUGUCCACAGUGUUGGACUAUGUUAGCAAUGUGCCCCCUGUGCCGGUGUUGGUGUUCGAGGGCUCGGGCAGGGCUGCUGACCUGCUCGCCUUCUUACACAAGCAGACUGCUGCUGACAGGGAAUUGGAUGCAGACAUUAAAGAUGAUUUCCUCAUCAGGAUUGGAGAUGCAUUUGGGGUGGACAGAGUUGAAGCCUCUCACCUCUACAGUCUCUUCCAGCAGUGUAUGGAUCACAGACAGUCUAUAACGAUCUUUGACUCAGAGUCAGAGGACCAGACGGCACCUGAUGCAGCCAUUUUGACAGCUACUCUCAAAGGCACCAAGGCCAGUCCUGCGGAGCAGCUGAGUAUGGCUCUUGCCUGGGACAGGGCUGACAUUGCACAGAAAGAUGUCCUGGUGUAUGGACAGCAUUGGCAGGUUGGUUCCUUGGAGCAAGCCAUGCUGGAUGCUCUGGUGAUGGACCGCGUCGGUUUUGUCAAACUGCUGAUUGACAAUGGCAUGACUAUGUGUCGCUUCCUCACUGUGGAUCGCCUUGAGGAGCUCUACAACACGCACCAGGGGCAGGCGGAUCGUUUCCUGCACCACCUUGUUGAAGAUGCGAAACAGACCUCUCUUCCCAUAGGUUACCGCCUUUCUCUCAUUGACAUAGGCCUGGUGAUAGAGUAUCUCAUAGGAGGAGCAUACCGCAGUACCUACACACGGAAACACUUCAGAGCUGCCUACAGCCGCCUGCAGGACAAACAGGGAAGAUGGAACAGCUCUGCCUCCUUGUCUAAACAGAGACGAGGAUUAAUACCAAGUUCUUCAAGGGGCAGGAGUCUCCAGGACCUGCAGUUCUUUAGAACUGCUCAGCCCUACAAAUGCAAGGAGCAAGAUGUGUCACCUGGGAGCAGUGGAGAGAUCACGUUAAGCCCUGGCCUUGAUGAUGCUCCACUGCUGGUUCCCUUCAACUUCAAUGACUUGUUUGUGUGGGCUGUGCUUCAGCAGCGGCAGCAGAUGGCACUGUUCCUGUGGCAACAUGGCGAGGAAGCGCUGGCACGAGCUACAGUGGCCUGUAAGCUUUACCGCUCCAUGGCCUUCGAGGCACGGCAGAGUAGCUUCGAUGACAACAUUGCAGAGCGAUUCAAGGCAUAUUCACUUGAGUUUGGUCAGCUGGCGGUGGAUGUGUUAGACUGUGCAUUUCGUCAGAACGAGCAGAUGGCCAUGAAGCUGUUGACUUCAGAGAUGGAGGCAUGGAGCCACUUCACCUGUCUGCAGAUGGCUGUCUCCUCAUGUCACAGGCCAUUCGUCUCACACUCCUGCACGCAGACCCUCCUCACAGACCUCUGGACUGGUCCGCUCAACAUGACAAAAAGCCUGUUUUUAAAGAUAAUUUUGAGCCUUCUUCUGCCCCCUUCCAUCUUGCUACUGGAGUUUAAAAGCAAAGCUGAAAUGUGCCAUGUUCCACAGUCUCAUGAGGCAAUGCUGUUUGGACUUGACUCUGUGAAGUCAGCACCGGCCCACGAGGGAACUGAUCGCACGGGCAGUCAGGAUGCAGAGCGAGGCCAAGGCAAAUGUCUUGGUCCUGUGUCAGAAACUGUGUCCUCUAUGACCAUGCAGUGCCUUUCCUGGAUCACAAGAAUAUAUGAAUUCUACACAGCUCCUGUUGUCAAGUUCUGGUUUCACACAAUGUUCUACUUGGCCUUUUUGAUGUUAUUCUCCUACGUCAUCCUGGUGAAGAUGGAGGAUCGACCCAGUGUUCAGGAGUGGCUGGUAAUAGCAUAUAUCUUGUCCACUGCAGUGGAGAAAACCAGAGAGGUACUAAUGUCUGAGCCGAGGAAGCUGCGUCACAAGCUGAAGAUUUGGUUCUCAGAAUACUGGAACCUGUCAGAUUUCAUUGCCAUUCUGCUAUUCCUGGCUGGACUGGCAAUGCGCUGGCAUGUGGAUCCCUACCGGACAGCAGGGCGCAUCGCUUACUGUCUAGACAUCAUCUUUUGGUUCAUCAGGGUGACAGAUCUGCUGGCUGUCAAUCAGCAUGCUGGUCCUUACCUCACCAUGAUCACUAAGAUGACCACUAACAUGUUCUUCAUUGUGGUGAUGAUGGCAAUAGUGCUGCUGAGUUUCGGGGUGUCCAGGAAGGCCAUCCUGUCACCGGAUGAGGAGCCGUCCUGGAGCCUUGCUCGAGAUGUAGUCUUCCAGCCCUACUGGAUGAUCUAUGGAGAGGUCUACGAAUCAGAGAUAGAUCCAUGUGAAGAUGGUAAUCCAUGUCCCCCUGCUUCAUUUCUUACACCAUUCCUCCAGGCUGUCUAUAUGUUCUUCCAGUAUAUCAUCAUGGUCAACAUUCUCAUUGCCUUUUUUAACAACAUCUACUUUGACAUGGCAUCAACAUCCAAUAAACUGUGGAAGUACAACCGUUAUCGCUAUAUUAUGACCUAUCAGGAGAGACCAUGGCUGCCCCCUCCCCUUAUCCUCCUCAGUCACAUUACCCUGGGUUUGAUGGCCAUCUACAGGAGAUUUAGUGGGGAUGCUGAGCGGGAGGAGAGAGGCUCUGGACUUAAGCUCUACCUGGGUCAUGAAGAUCGUAAGAAGCUCCAUGAAUUUGAGGAGAAAUGUGUAGAGGCCUACUUCCAUGAGAAGAGUGAAGGUCUCCACAGCAGUCAAACUAACAGGAUCAGAGCCACAGCAGAGAGAGCAGAGGAGAUGUGCACGAUGGUGGGGGAGGUCUCAGAGAAGGUCAACUUCAUUCAGGACAGCCUGUCAGAGCUGGACUGUCAGCUGGGUCAGCUCCAAGACCUUUCUGCGCUGGCCGUGGACACCCUCACCUUGUUCUCUGCCUCUGACAGCCUACAUCAGGAGGAGGCACGCCUGGCUCAGUGUCGAUCCAUCACAGCCUCCCGACACAUCCUUCCACACAGCUGGACCCUCCCGCACAGAACUGGAGCAGACUUCGAUUUACUUAAUAUGCGGCGGCUGAUGGCCAAGUCGUGUAAAAGUACCCCGCCCUCGUUGCUGAAGUGCUAUACUCUCGUGUCGAGUAGACUGGCAUCACAGGAGUGCCAUGUCGGAUCCAAGGAGAGCAGGGGAGGAAGAAAAGAACAUGCUGGGGAGGGAGAGGAAGGAGUUAAGGAGGAUUCCCAUCCUGCCACUGUUGACCUUCCUGGUGAGAACUGGUUCGGAGUUUCUAGACCUGCGUCUCGUGCUUCCCUCUCUCACUCAUACGGAGUUCAUCUCAGUGGUUUCAGGGAUCAGACACCUUGUGAAUCCUGGGGACCGUCCCGCUGUGGGUCUCCUCUUCCUGCGGAGUCACCACAUCAUAAACUUUGGACAUGUGACCCAUACCUGUAUCCCAGUCAGGAGGAGAGUUCCAUGGAAGAGGAGGAAGAGGAAGAGGAGGAGGAGGAGGAGGAGGAAGAAAGGCCACAGGAAAAGCUGCCUCACAUAGAAGUAUCCAGAACCUCUAGCACUGCUGUCCUUCUGUCUGACCCUCAAGACAUCUCUGAGGGUUUUGAUAAUCCUGCCUUUUCUCAGGACAAUAGCCAGCCAAGUUCUCAGUCCAGAUCUUCCAGCCAAUGGGGAAGACCUGUUAAACCCCCCAGGUGGACAUGUCUGUCCAGAGACCGUCCCUAUGGCUACUGCAGGUCUCUGUCCUCCAGCAUGGAGAAUAUGACUUUCUCUGGGGCACCUCUCAGUCAAAUGAGGGGAUCAUUCCCCUCUCUUCAUGAACCAAUGAAUAAAGGGAGUUUGUCUGGUGUUAGGAGCUUUAGGGACGACACAUCACUACAGUGUAGCAGGGACAAAGAGUGGUCCAAGUCCUCUGACUUCACUCAAGUCUUGGACAGCAGAGGCAAACGUCAGAGCAGGAAGACAGUGAAGAUACAGGAGCACAGUCCAGAUACUUCCCAUUUGUCAGACACCUGCUGGAGAAGGUGGCGGCGGCCAAGAGGAGAACCUACAUGUUGGUCAGCCUCAACCAGCCUCAGUCAGCUCUAUUUUGAGCCCAUGGAUUUGUUGCAGAAGCAAGUGUUUUCCCAUCAGGAUGUGUGGAGCCCCACUCACUCGGCAUGGAACAGCUGGGCCAGAUCCAUGAGCCGCAGGUCUUUUUUACAGAGCGGCACUGCACCUGAAGCCAAGACCUCCUCUUUCCAGUCUACUGACAAUUUGUAUCCACAUUAUUCAGCCAUGGAGAGAAACAAUCUGAUGAGACUGGCUCACACCAUCCCCUUCACUCCUGUUUCCAUUUUGGGAGGUGAAGAGGUGAGCAUCUACUCUCUGGAGGAAGUGCCCUCUGAUGCUGACCCUGAAUCCAGCACAGUCUCCUCCUGGUCGUCACGAGGCCUAUCUGCAAUGCUGCAGCCCCUCUCCAGUGAGGAGGGCUCUUUGGAUGGGGGACUUCGGCAGGGCUGCAGAGUGUUGUGCACAUGGGCUGAAAGGGAUGUGCUCAGACCUGGUCUGGUAUAUGUGGUCAAAGCCUUCAGGCCAGAGGUGGUUCGGGCCUGGCAGAAGUAUUUCCACGGUAGCACGGCACUGCAGCUUUGUUUAAGGGAGAUUCAGCAGCAGAGAGCAGCCCAGAAGAUGAUGCGAGUGUUCAACCAGGUCAAACCUGAUGAUAUGCACCACUCGCCAAGAUUUCUUGAUGUAUCGCUGGUCCUCUGGCAUUCAAAUGGCCAGUGGCUGACUAUUGAGAGAAACAUGUCCGGUGACUUCAGGAAGUGCAACAAUAACACAGGAGAGGAGAUCACCCCCUGCUGUUCACUGGAAGAAAUGCUGCUAGCGUUCUCCCACUGGACUUACGAGUACUCAAACAGAGAGCUGCUGGUGCUCGAUAUACAAGGAGUAGGAGAGGAGCUGACUGAUCCAACUGUCGUUAUGGCAGACGACCAAAGUGGUACCAGGGGUGAGAUGCUUUUUGGUCCUGAUAACCUUGGAUAUGCUGCCAUCAAUGGUUUCCUGCAGAAACACUCUUGCAGCAUCUUCUGCCACAGACUGGGCCUGGAAGAUUUAAGGAAGCGUCUGGACAGCUGUGAGAACAGAAGUGAGGCAGAGCCGGUGUCAGGGGAGGAAGAGCAAGAAGACGAUGAAGACAGGGUGUGACCUUUGACCCAGGAAGUAGGGAAAAAAAACACACGCACUUUUAUCAACAUAUGUACCAAACCAUGUCUGCCUGAACAAACACUCACACAUAAUGUCUGAGAAAAUACUGUGUUGGUGUACUGCAUCACCUCUUACUCCUUUACAGCAAAACAGGGUGAUGGAAGGGAAAUGUCUCAUCAUGAUAUUGGACACUACCUUGUAAUUUGCACAAAGGUUGCUAAUACAUUCUUUCAAGAUAUUAAGUAAAUACUGUCAGGAAGAAAGAGAUAUUACAGAUAAUAAAAAUGAAUGAAUCAUCUUGCUGUAUGUAAUCAUAAUAGUAAAUUAUAUUGACUAUAUUGCAUUCAUUAAUUUACAGUAUUUUAUACAUUUACAGACAUCACAAACAUUCUAAAUGACUAUUUUUUGUACUUUAUUUUCUAAAUUUUUUGAUAUUGACACAAUGACAAUUACUGUUUUAGUUAUUAUACACUUACACAUUAUGGAUUAAUUUACAAGGAUAGAAAUGUUUGUUUGGCUUAAAUUUAAAAAAAAAGUUGUACUCUAACAGUGUGUAUGUGUGAGACAGAAAAAGGACACAGAAAUGCACCCAUAAAAUUUCUUUUAUUUUUUUUCUUCCCACAACAAAAUGUCUACAAAAGCGAUAAAAUAUAGAAUUUAACAAAAAUCACUUCAGACCUUCACAUUGUAUGUACAUCUCAAAGGAGGACUCACUAAGGGCCCUGCAUAGCUCUGAACUUCAACCCAGUCAUAUCCAUCUGAUGUGGGUGUUAAUGGCUCUCGUGAAUGCGAAUGCAUGCAUGCACACAUGCGCUCGUUCAUUGUACUGUGAAUAUGAAAACUCUGCAGCAGAGCUCAUGGAGUUAUAGUAGAGUCAGAGUUCAGAGUCAAGCAGAGUCCCCUCUCACCAAAUGAAAAAAGCAUAAAAUGUAAAAACAGUUUGUCAGUGUAAUCAAAUACACAUUUUCCGUGGAGUUCCCCUUUUUUGAUUGGUUUCUCAAGUAAACUCACACAGUAAAGCAUCUAUGCCCCACUCUGCCAGUCCCUCGUCUCCUCACUAGCUAUGGCACUUUGAAAACAAACAAAAAAGUAUUUUUUUGUGUUUUUUUUUGUUUUGUUUUGUCUUGUUAGUCCUGUGUAAAAGAGGUUCUGUAGCCCAAGUACCUUUUAGGUUUCGGUUACAGAUUGCUACAUUUUGUUUUAUUUGCUCUUGCUGGGACGCAAAGACAUUCUAAACAAUAAAUUAACAAUUUUCAACACUA